AUGGAGAGCACGCCAUCAGCCCCCAACAGGGUCAUUUGCCCUCUGGAACGGCCGCCCGCAACGACGACGAUUGGGAAGUCCAUCUUUCUCGCCGGCACUACGAGCAAGGGAGACUGGCGCAAACAUCUCGCCGAGUCCAUCUCUCAUCUCCCCGUGACCGUUUUCAACCCCUUCCGGCCGGACUGGGACAUCACUUGGAGGGAGGAUGUUUCCGACGAGAGGUUCAGGGGCCAGGUCGAGUGGGAGCUGGAGAUGCAGGAGAGGGCCGACAUCAUUGUCGUCUUCUUCGAGCAGGACACGGAGGCUCACAUCAGCCUGCUCGAGCUAGGAUUAUGUGCUCGGUCUGGAAAGGCCAUCGUCGCGUGCUCGGAGCAUUACAAGAAACGAGGGAACGUCCAGGCCGUCUGUGCCCGGUAUGGGGUUCCGCUUGUGGCCAAUCUCGAGAGCUUGCAGAAGGAACUGGUCAGCAGGCUGGGAGAAGCUGGCCUCGAUAGCUCAUCAAGAUGA